UCCGCGCAUUCUCACGUGCAUAACAUCUUUAUCUUCGACUCAUUCAUACAACAUUGAACCUUAUCUAACGUGAAUAGUGCAGAGGAUGGAUUUUUACCGAAGGUGAUACUAGUGCGAGUUCGUAUAUUUCAGUUAAAAUGAGCGGAAGGGAAGGCGGAAAUGCAGUUCCGUCUUCGAGUACGGGGGGAGUGACGGGAGUGCCGCGCCGUGGUCGCUGCAAGUGGUUCAAUGUAGCGAAGGGCUGGGGGUUCAUCACGCCCGAGGAUGGGGGCCAGGAUGUCUUCGUGCAUCAGAGCGUCAUUAAAAUGCCGGGAUUCAGAUCGCUCGGUGAUGAUGAACUGGUGGAGUUUGAGUGCAAGGAGUCUGACAAAGGUCUUGAAGCAACACGGGUGUGUGGUCCGUCGUCAGUGGACUGCCAGGGUUCACAUCGGCGUCCGCUGUCCAAGAAGAGGUUCAGGAAGAUUCGAUGUUACAACUGCGGCGAGUUUGCUAACCACAUAGCGGCCAAAUGUACUUUGGGCCCGCAAGCCAAGCGAUGUCAUAACUGCAAGAGCGAAGACCAUCUUAUUGCGGACUGCCCUGUCAAGGUUGAGAAGAAGAAAGAUGAACCGCAAUCGAAGACCUCGAGCAGUUCCCAGGAAAGCCCACCUCAGUAAUUAAGGAAUCAUGCACGUUUUGAAAAACAAAAAGUAAUCAUACAAUUAUUAAUACCUUCUUAAACGUCUUAUUAAGCUUUUAAUAUCGCUUUUUAAAGCAACGAUCAAAGGU